UCAAGCGAGCGCGCGGGAUUUGCGCGUGAGAGGGGCCGUUGGUGGCCCCGUGGAGCGUCGUUCGCAGCGGCUGCUGAGGCAGGCUUUGGCUUAAAGGCAGACAGAUGAAUUCAAGGAUGAAGCAGAAAGUGGAUGCUGAGAAGCCCCUUGCUACAAAGGCUUCUACAAGUAAUGCAAACUGUACAUCACAGAGGCAGACCCUUAAGAUGAUACAGCCGUCUAUUACAGGUUGUCUUGUUGGCAGGGCAAAUGAGGCCAAAUCAUCAAUCAAGAGGAAAGUUUGGAGUGAUCAUCUUACCUCAAAGUCUUCCAAAUCUGAAGCUUCUGUUGAAACAGAACAUAGAAAUGCAAGAGGAGUUGUCCAAACUUCUGAUCUUACAGCAAAAGGCAAUCCUUCAUCCCGAUAUUGGAAGGAACUGGCUGAGGAGAGGAGAAAAGCUCUGUAUGAGGUGUUGCAAGAAAAUGAAAAGCUGCAUAAAGAAAUCGAGUUGAAAGAUGGUGAAAUUGCUCAUCUGAAAGAAGAGAAUGAAGAGCUUGUGGAGCUAGCUGGCCAUGUACAAUACAUGGCAAACAUGAUAGAGCGACUAACCGGACAGGCACCUGAAAGCCUAGAGAUGCUAAAAAACUUGGACCUGGAGGAAAUGGCAUAUGGAGAAAGUGAUUCUACAGAGAACUAUUUAGAUGGCGAAUCUGAAGGGGAAUAUUUACAGCUCUCAAGUAAUUCUACAGAAAAUGUUGCAGAUCUUACAAAUGCAGCUAGUUGUUUGUGAACAUAUUAGGCAUAUAAAGGGGAAGUGAACUGCCAGGAAUCCUAUUUUGGAACAGGGAAAGAAUGGAAUCCUCUGAACUGAAGGUGCACUUAAGAUUUGAGGGCUGGUUUUGGCUAAUGUGUAGCAGUGCAAGUAACUAUCUUGUCUGAAAUUUUAGACUGCAUUUGGUCAUUCCAUUAAAUGGAAAUACUAUGUAUUUCAGUUUGUAAAUAGUUUUUAUUCAUGUGGUAUGAGAUAUAUGUAACUGCCAAAUAAACUUACCUGCACAAUUGAGGCAUGGUUUUCAAAUAUUA